AUGUCCUUUCCAUUUCCUACGCCUGAAACUCCAUUUGGAGUCAAAUUAUUCCCAAUUUUUAACGAAAUUGUUUCCACUGUAACCGGUGGAAAAUGGGUUCCUUCAAAAUUUCAAUGGAUUGAAGGUGAAGUUCCUUUAUCAACUUUACCCCCAGCUUUAAUCAUGGUAGCUGUUUACUAUACUUUAGUCUUUGGAGGUAAUUACAUCUUCAAAAAAUUCAAAUUAACACCAUUAGUUCUCAAUGGUCCUUUCCAAAUUCAUAACAUUUUCUUAACCAGUUUAUCAUUUACUUUAUUGAUUUUAAUGGUUGAACAAGUUUUCCCAAUGAUUUAUUAUCAUGGAUUAUACUGGAGUAUCUGUUCACCAAAAGCUUGGACUCAAGAAAUGGAAUUAUUAUACUACUUAAACUAUAUUACCAAAUACAUUGAAUUCAUUGAUACCUUAUUUUUAGUUGUUAAACAAAAGAAAUUAACUUUCUUACAUACUUAUCAUCAUGGGGCUACUGCUUUAUUAUGUUAUUCUCAAUUAGUUGGUAAAACUUCAAUUUCUUGGGUGGUUAUCUCCCUUAACUUAUUCGUUCAUGUUGUCAUGUAUUUCUACUAUUUCUUAGCUGCUAGAGGUAUUAGAGUUUGGUGGAAAGAAUGGGUUACUAGAUUCCAAAUCAUGCAAUUCAUUUUAGAUUUAGGAUUUGUCUAUUUUGCUACUUAUAACAAAUUAGUUGAUGAAUAUUUCACCAAUUUAAAAUCUGUUUUACCAACUUGUGGUUCUUGUGCUGGUAGUAUGGGAGCUGCUUAUGCUGGAUGUGGUAUCUUAUCUUCAUACUUAGUAUUAUUCAUUUCUUUCUAUAUUGAAGUUUAUAAAAAGAAAGGUACCACCAGAUCUAAGAGAGUUAAAUCUGUUAGUGGUGGUGUUGCUGCUCAAGUCAAUGAAUUCGUUCAUACAACUGGUAGAGAUUCAACUCCGGUCGUCGAAAGCCAAGUGCGUUCAAGAAAAGCUUAA